GAGGGCGCGAGGGUGUGUCGCGCGAGUAGCUGAGGCCGCCCGACGAUCCGCCCGCCGCCGCCGCCGCCCGUUCAUCCGUCCUCGGUACCGGCCGCUCGGUGAAUGCGUGACACUCAGCUGAUUUGACUGCUGUUUCUUAGUCCUAAAACAACAAUGAGGUAAAUGAUCAGAGGCCAAAAGUAAGCACUGCAAGAAAAUUACAUAACUUCCUGAUGCUGGUCAACUCUUUCAGUGAAGAUUUUACUUAAACUUCUAAUCAGCAUGUCUCAUGAGCAAAAGUACUUGGCUAAUGCCAAUCUGCCAAAAGAUGCAGACCAGCUUUCCCGAGCAAUAACUUCCAACAUUCAGAAAAUUGGACAGCAUUCUACAGAAAUCCAAAGGAUUUUAAACCAACUUGGAAAACCUCAGGAUAAUAUAGAACUUCGACAUGAGCUUCAGCAGAAGCAACAGUUAGUCAAUCAUCUGGCUAAAGAAACUGAGAAGUACAUAAAGGAAUUCGGAUCAUUAGCAGCUGUAAGUGAACAGCGACAAAGAAAGCUACAGAAAGAUCGUUUAGUUGCUGAAUUCACCACAGCAUUGACUAAUUUCCAAAGAAUCCAAAGAGAGGUUGCAGAAAAGGAAAAAGAAUUUGUAGCAAGAGUACGUGCUGGUUCACAUCUAUCUACAGGUGCACCUGAUGGCCAAAAAGGAGAAAUUCUGCUGUCUCUUGAAAGUCCGAAUCAGUUUCAAGAUCAGGUAGAAGAUGGGAUUACAGAAGAAGACCUGGAGCUCAUUAAAGACAGAGAGAAUGCUAUUAAGCAACUGGAGUCUGAUAUCCUGGAUAUUAAUGAAAUAUUCAAAGACUUGGGAAUGAUGAUUCAUGAACAAGGAGACCUAGUUGACAGCAUAGAAGCCAAUGUAGAAACUGCUGAAGUACACGUUCAACAAGCAAACCAGCAACUGAGUAGGGCAGCGGAAUAUCAACGCAAAUCUCGUAAGAAAAUAUGCAUCUUAAUCAUCGUAUUGCUAAUCCUUGCUGUGGUGGUGGGACUCAUUAUCUGGGCAGCAGUGAAGAAAUGAAGUCAGAAGAUCAAGCAUAGCCAUUGCACUCAAAUGCUGGUUAGCAUUAAACAUCAGAGUUUAUUAUUUACUGAUGGCAAAUACUUUAUUCAAAUGCAUUUAAGAAUUAAAUAUUCGAAGUGUGCUUUCUAGCAAUGUAAUCAGAACUAUUUUGUAAUUGAAACUGCCAUGCUUCAUUAAUUUGGAUGCCACUGUUUAAGUAGUAUACAAUGUUAUAUCUCUGAUGCUCAGGCUAGAACAUUGUAUGGAAUUUUUGUUUGAUCUGCCAGGUUGCCAUAAUUUAACUGCUAGGAUCUGCUGACUAUUGUAGAUUUAUUUUAGUUUGACCUCAUUAAUGGGCAAAAGGCAUUCCGUUAGGCAUAAGAGUACUUGGACCAAUGCCGAAAUGGACUCUUCAGUUUUCCAUAAAAUGAUGCCACUUUAAUUUUCUCUGUUUUGCUCAUCGACAGCUUUGAUUUUAUGGCUGUCCAAAUGAAUUAUUAAAUGAAGUAAUAAUGCACCUAGUCUUUA